AUGGCAACAAGCCUCAACAUCGGGGCAGUCCGCACUGGACUUGCACCCAGAUUAGCUCAAGCCAAACCACGAACCUCGAUGCUACGGCGAACAUACACCUCCGCUACAGCCACCACACCACCAGUCUCACCUUUCGCUCCUCGACAUUUCCUCUCAAUUGCGGACCUGACGCCCGCCGAAUUCACAGCCCUCGUCCGCAAUGCCUCCCAACACAAAAAGACAAUCAAAAGCGGUUCCGUCCCGCGGAACUUGCUCGGCGCAUUAUCCGGCAAAACGGUAGCAAUGAUGUUCAGUAAACGAAGCACUCGAACCCGAAUCUCGACGGAAGGUGCCGUGGCACAAUUGGGCGGUCAACCCAUGUUCUUGGGCAAAGAUGAUAUUCAAUUGGGGGUCAACGAAUCGUUAUACGAUACAGCCGUCGUGGUGUCGUCAAUGGUGUCCUGCAUUGUGGCCCGAGUGGGCAAACAUCAGGAAGUGGCGGAUUUGGCAAAACAUUCUACUGUGCCCGUUAUCAAUGCUUUGUGUGACUCGUUCCAUCCAUUGCAGAUUGUUGCAGAUUUUUUGACGAUUCAUGAGACUUUCUCUGCGCUCCCCACUGCGGGUUUGAAUAGUCUGGGUAUGGAAGGGCUGAAAAUUGCCUGGGUUGGAGACGCGAAUAAUGUUUUGUUUGACAUGGCUAUUGCUGCUGCCAAGAUGGGCGUUGAUCUCGCCGUCGCUACGCCAAAGGGAUACGAAAUCCCAUCUACGAUGCUUGAGGUUAUCAAGCAGGCGGGAGCAGGCGUUAAGUCGCCCGGAAAACUGAUUCAGACAAAUGUUCCCGAAGAAGCCGUCAAGGAUGCUGAUAUCCUCGUCACAGAUACAUGGGUAUCCAUGGGCCAAGAGGAGGAAGCAAUCAAACGAAUGAAGGCCUUUGAAGGUUUCCAAAUUACAUCUGAACUUGCGCAGCGAGGUGGCGCAAAGAAGGAUUGGAAGUUCAUGCACUGUCUGCCUCGUCAUCCGGAAGAGGUCAGCGAUGAGGUAUUUUACAGUCCUCGAUCGUUGGUCUUUCCCGAAGCCGAAAAUCGGUUGUGGGCUGCCAUUUCGGCAUUGGAGGGAUUUGUCGUCAACAAAGGAAAAAUUGAGUAA